AUGCCUUCAUAUAUCGCGGUGCCCGCCGACCAGAUCGCUUUUGUUGAUCUGAGGGCAUUGCGAACGCAUCGUGUUCCACGUCAAACCCUGACACCACCGCCGCUGCCUCAAGGGCUGUACGAACAGGACUACCAGCACAUACCAAUCCAGCGUUAUCAGCAGCAACCUAUAGGUCUGGCUCCACCACCGUCUCCAGAAGCUCCGGCAAAACUCAUUCAAAUUCAGCCACAGGAUAGAGAUUCAGGCUCAACCCCUAUUUUAGCAGAAUCUCAAUACGCCGAAAGGCCGUCCGAUUUCGGCGAAUAUGUCGAUUUCGGCGCACACACCGGCGAUAACGGUGCCUUCGGUUGGUAUGCUGACUACCCGAUCAAUAAUCAUGAAGAUUCGGGUUAUAGUUACAGGGAGUAG